UGGAGUGUACCCUUUCAAUGGCUAACAUGAGAACUUAUUCAUUAUUCCUAAUCAAUUUUCUGUUUAUCUUCUCAAGUACUCUCAAUGGUUUCUUUGCUGCUGCAGCUACAGAGAAGAAGGUUUAUAUUGCAUAUAUGGGUGAAGUAUCGAAGGGUGAGGAUGCGUUCAACAUAGAGUCUGUUCAUUUGGGCUUGUUAGAACAAGUCCUUGACACAAGCUCAGCAAGAGAAUCCUUGGUUUACAGCUACAGAAAGAGUUUUAAUGGGUUUGCAGCUGAGCUCACAGAGCAAGAACAAAAGAAGCUCAAGGGCAUGGAAGGUGUAGUCUCUGUAUUUCCAAGUAAAAUUCUGCAACUUGACACAACAAGAUCAUGGGAUUUCUUGGGUUUCCCAACCACUGUAAAGAGAAUGCCUCCUGUUGAGAGUGAUGUCAUUAUCGGAGUGAUUGAUACUGGUAUCUGGCCUGAAUCUGAGAGCUUCAAUGAUAAUGGAAUUGGACCUCCCCCAAGCAAAUGGAAGGGUAUUUGCCAAAACUUCACAUGUAACAACAAGAUUGUUGGAGCACGGUUUUACAAUGCCAAAGCAUCAUACAGCCCAGAAGAACAGUCUCCUCGGGAUUUUAAUGGGCAUGGAAGUCACACUGCUUCUACAGUAGCAGGCGAUGAAGUUAAAAAUACAAGCCUCUAUGGUCUUGCUGAAGGGACAGCAAGAGGAGCUGUUCCCUCUGCAAGGAUUGCUGUAUACAAAGUGUGUUGGAGUUUUGGGUGCACUGACCAUGAUAUCUUGGCUGCAUUCGAUGAUGCAAUUGCAGACGGUGUUGAUAUCUUAUCAGUUUCUCUUGGGGCUCCAUACGCUAGAGCUUUCUUCGAAGAUGUUCUUGCAAUUGGAUCAUUUCAUGCAAUGAAGAAAGGCAUCCUUACCUCUGCUUCAGCAGGAAACAGAGGACCAUCAAAAGCAACUACUACAAAUAAUGCCCCAUGGGUGUUGGCUGUAGCAGCAAGCAGCACAGAUCGUCGGAUCAUAAGCAAUGUCACUACAGGCAAUAAUAUUACCAUGAUGGGACAUGCUGUAAAUACUUUCCCCACACAGAAAAAUUACUAUCCCAUCAUAUAUGCAGUUAACGCAAUGCGUAGCUCUUCAAAUAUUGAAUAUGCAAGGUUCAGGAGGUGUCUUGCUGGUGCUUUGGACAAAGAUUUAGUGAAAGGGAAGAUUGUCUACUGCAAUAAGUUCUCCAGUGGUGGUGGACCCUUCCUUGCUAAUGCUCCUGGAAUGGUGGUUCUAGAUGAUGCUGGAUGGGAUGAUACACCCUUUAGUUAUCCUCUACCAGCAACGGCUCUUACCGUUGAUCAAGGCAGAAAAUUUGAAGAGUAUUUGAAUAGUACCAGGAAUCCUGUGGCCAUGAUUUACAAAAGUCAAGCUAUUCAUGACCCUAAAGCUCCAUAUGUAGUUUCAUUUUCAUCAAGAGGGGGAUCCAGCCCUCUUUCAGCAAAUAUUCUCAAGCCGGACUUAAGUGCUCCAGGAGUAGACAUCUUAGCAGCAUGGUCUCCGAAAGGCAUAGUCUCAAAUUUUGAAGGGGAUAAGCGAUCCGUAAUGUACAACAUUAUAUCUGGAACAUCAAUGUCUUGCCCACAUGCAACCGGUGCUGCUGCCUAUGUCAAAACAUUUCAUCCAUCAUGGUCUCCUGCGGCAAUUAAAUCUGCUCUAAUGACAACAGCUUCUCCCAUGAAUGAUAGCUAUAAUCAAGAGGCUGAAUUGGCUUAUGGUGCUGGUCAAAUUGAUCCAUUAAAGGCUAUAAAUCCUGGUCUUGUGUAUGAUCUUCAGAAGAGUGACUACAUACAAGAGCUGUGCAACAUGGGAUUUAAACCAUCAAUUAUUAAAAUCAUUGCCGGAGAAGAUGUCAUUUGUGAGAAGGUUAUUAAAGAAUUAAAUUCUCUUCUAAACUACCCUUCCAUUGGUGCUGGAGUCCAUGCCAAUGCAUCCUUCACACUACAUUUCCCAAGGACAGUUACAAACGUUGACAUAUCUAAUUCCACAUACAAGGUGACAAUUGGCUUGCAACCACUUCUACAUAUCACUGUUAAUCCUAAUGUUCUAUCUUUUAAGUCUUUGAAUGAGAAGCAACAGUUCACUGUCAAUGUUAGUGGAGCAGCAAUUCCCCAUGAUUCAGUUGUCUCUACUUGGCUAUUAUGGUCUGAUGGCAUACAUAAUGUAAGAAGUCCCAUUGUUUUUUGGGCAUAAUGGGACUUGUGUAUCAGU